AAGGCCUUUCGAAGAUUCAAGUCCAUUAUCGGAGCUGCAAAACCCUAACCUUUUGAAGAUUCAACUCCAUCAUCACAGCUGCAAAACCCUAACAAAAACCUCUAAGAGGAAGAAGAAGAAGAAGAAGAAGGAGAAAAUGGGGCGAUUAUCACCGUCAUUUCGAUCAGCAAUUUUUUCGAACGAGCUCAUCCGAAAGCCUCCCGCGGUCUCCCCAGAAUCCCCAAAGCCCCCCUCCCCAAAGCCCAGUCACUUUCCUAACAAAAAGUCCUCCAAGACUUUCCGCAAAACCAAGGAUGCUGGAACUCCCCAAACCUCCACCUCCUCUGCGGCCACCAUUUUCAACUCACCGGACUUAUCUUCCGCCAAGAAACUUAUCACGUCUUUCGCGGCCACGAAUGCCUCAGCCGCCCAGCUCGAUACUCGCUACCACAACUCUCUCCUGCAAUCCUAUUCCGCCAUCUCCGACGUGCGCGACACUACAUCUCUCCUCCACCACAUGAUCAAGACAUUUCCUUCCUUCUCCCCCAACCGAUCCACGUAUCACAUCCUGCUCUCCCAAGCCUGCAAACAACAGGAUGCCAACGUCUCCAGCGUUUACCACGCCCUGAAUUUGAUGGUCCAGAAUGGAAUCCAACCCAAUCAAGCCACUGUUGAUGUGGUCGUCAGGUCAAUCUGUUCAGCUGGUCGCUUGGACGAGGCUGUCGAAUUGGUAAAAGAGCUAUCACUGAAAAAGUCCCCGCCUGAUCAGUUUACAUAUAAUUUUCUUAUAAAAAAUUUGUGCAAGUCUAGGUCUCUAAGUACUGUAUAUGGUUUUGUUGAUGAAAUGAGGAAUUUUGAUAUAAAGCCUGACCUUGUGACCUACACUAUAUUGAUUGACAAUGUUUGCAACAGUAAGAAUCUCCGUGAGGCAACGAGAUUGAUUGGGGUGUUGAAUGACUGUGGUUUUAAGCCUGAUUGCUAUGUUUAUAAUACAAUCAUGAAAGGUUAUUGUUCCCUAAGUAAAGGGAGCGAAGCAAUAGGGGUUUAUAACAAGAUGAAGGAGGAAGGAGUGGAGCCUGAUCUUGUCACUUACAAUACUUUGAUUUUUGGAUUAUCAAAAUCAGGUAGGGUUAGUGAGGCGAAGAAGUUUUUGCAAAUCAUGGCUACAAUGGGUCAUUUUCCUGAUGCAGUGACCUACACUUCUUUGAUGAAUGGGAUGUGUAGGGAAAAGGAUGCAUUGGGUGCACUGGCAUUGUUGGAGGAAAUGGAGGUGAGAGGAUGCCUUCCUAAUUCUUGCACAUAUAAUACAUUGCUCCAUGGUUUGUGUAAGUUGAGGUUGCUGGAGAAAGGAAUUCAAUUGUAUGGUGUGAUGAAGGAGGCUGAUAUGAAGCUUGAGACAGCUUCUUAUGCUACUUUUGUAAGGGCUCUUUGUAGGGAAGGUCGUGUUGCAGAGGCUUAUGGGGUGUUUGAUUAUGCUGUUGAGAGUAAGAGCUUAACUGAUGUUGCCGCUUACUCUACGUUGGAGAGCACACUCAAGUGGCUGAAGAAAGCCAGAGAACAAGGACUUGCUGUAUAAGUGGUAGCACUUUGCUGGAUAAAGAGAAUAAAUAUUUGCAAUCUUUUGGAUGGAAUUGGUAAAUUGGUUUCAACAUGAAGAUGACUGGUUUCUCCAUUGCCUCCUGUCUUGGAUUUUGGGUGAUUUUUCCCAUGGGGUUGGGACUGUGAUCCUCGGCAAACUUCAUUCUUUCUUGAUAUUUAGUAUAAAAUCACCCCAGGUACAAUUCUUCUCGAGUAUUUCGUGAGAAAAUUCCUGCCCCCAAUCAUAUAUCUAUACCAAGUCCGGGGUCUUCUUUCGAAAUGAUUUAUAUUAAGUAUGUAUAGAUGCCCCGAGUAUUCUUUCUGCAAGCAUAAUUCGUCCAUAGCAUCAGCAGGAAGAUUUGAUAUUGCGAGUUACCAGGUUCCAAGGGGCAUGUUUACACCAGAGGGCAUGAGUCUUCGAUAUUGUACAUGCCUUGGGCUUAUCUUUAAGUACUAUUUUCCAAUAAUAAUGUGGGCAUCCUACUCAA